AAUAGCCACCCCAAAGACUAAAGCUCUUACUUCAAUUCUUCUCUUUCUUCUGUUUCAUUGUUCUCUCAUCUCUCUAAAAUCUUUCCUUCAAUUCUCAGCUAUAAGAUUUAUAAUCCUUUUCGUUUACUGUUUCUACAACAUGGCUCAGCAGUCAGCAGCAGUUUAUCCUCCACCAGGGCAGGCAUACCCUCCACCAGGGCAGGGAUACCAACAAGGACCUUAUGUAGCUCCUCCACCUGCUGGUUACCCCACCAAGGAUGAAUAUCCACAACAAGCUCAUCCUGUACAAACCCAGAGCAGAGGUGAUGGGUUUUGGAAGGGAUGUUGUGCUGCCUUAUGUUGCUGCUGUGUCUUGGAUAUGUGCGCUUGAGGAGUGACAGUUAUUCCUUCAUCUCUAUAAUCUUUAGGAGUUGUUCUUGUGUGAGAGGAUCAGUUACAUAUGUGUAUCCCUUUAUGUUCCUCUCUUUGAGACUUUGUAUUCUUUUAUACUGUGAUGCUAUCAUAUGAUUGGAUUUCUUUAAUAAUCAUCCGUUCUCUAUUGGAUGCAUUAGUGAUCA